CCAAUGAUCCAAAGUAUUAGACCAACGAAGGACCACCGUUGAACGUUUUUUUUCCUAAGAGGGCAUGUUGGCAGCCAACAGAAGUGUAAACGGGGCAUUAGUAUUUACUAACCUACCUGACCGAACGGUGAUGACAAAAUGAACACAAAGGCUACUACGAUUAAGGAAGCUCUCAAACGGCUGGAAGAUCGCACGAAGACAAACUCCAGCGAUGAACGAGAAAUUGAUUUAUGCUUUCAAUGGCCCCCUAUAGAAAAGAUGGACGCCACGCUAUCGGCAUUAGUUACGUGUGAAAAGCUUUCUUUGUCGACAAACAUGAUUGACAAAAUUUUCGGUCUUAGCGGCAUGAAGAAUCUGCGUGUACUUUCGCUAGGAAGAAACUAUAUCAAAGCGAUUUCCGGAUUGGAAGGAGUCAGCGAUACCUUGGAAGAACUUUGGAUCAGCUACAACCUGGUUGAAAAGCUGAAGGGGAUUAGCGUACUGAAAAAGCUAAAGGUUCUGUACAUGAGCAACAACCUCGUCAAGGAUUGGAUGGAAUUUAACCGACUAGCGGAUCUACCGGUACUGGAGGAUUUACUUUUCGCUGGAAAUCCCUUGGUCGAAACGAUGGAGGAAAGCGUUUGGCGUGCGGAGGCCAGCAAACGGUUGCUUUCGUUGCGAAAGUUAGACGGAGAAACGGUCAUACGGGAAGAAAGCGAAAGCCAGCAACAGCCGCAGCAGCAAGCACCAGCGCAGCCGGAAAAGGCUUAGAUUUGAUAGAUAAUAAAACACAGCCAGUUUGACCGGUGUCAUUUAUCUUGAAAGUAGUUACAUAUUUGAGUCAGUAA